CAAGCUAAUGUGUUUGUUUACAUCACUUUACUGCAGGUGAAUGAAGUCGAGCAGGGUGCAUGCUGCAUGAAAAAUGUCAACAGUCCGUUGAGAAGUCAUUUUAAAUAAUAAUUUUUUGCAACACGAAAUCUUUAGUAUGUUCUUAUAGCACCGCCUAGGAUAUCAAUGUUGCCCAGAUGCCAGUGCAAGGAGGACGUCCGACGGUAAGAACUAGAUUCAGUGGAAUCAGGAAUGUAUUCAGUGGCCUAAGCGGAGUAUCAAAUCAAUCGAACAAUUCUGGUUCAGCAAAUGUAUCUUCUACAUCUGAAGAGAGCGAUGAAUUUUCAGAGAGACUGUCUCCUGAAGAGCUUGUCCUUACAAAGGUAGGAAGAUAUGGAUUUCCCUAUCAAGCAACCUGUCUGGCUGUUGAUCCUUUGCAAAAGAUUUUGGCCAUUGGAACAGCUCAUGGUGCCAUUCGACUAUGUGGGAAGCCAGGAGUUGAAUGCCAUGUUAGACACACAAGCAACGCUGCAGUUGUUCAGUUGCAGUUUUUAAUAAACGAGGGUGGUCUUAUCAGUGCAUGUGAUGAUGCAAGCAUCCAUCUUUGGAAUUUAAGGCAGGCCCAGCCAGCCUUGAUACAGUCCCUCAGGUUUAACCGAGAAAAAAUUACCUGCCUUCGAAUACCAUAUACGAGUAAGUGGUUGUACGUCGGAACCGAACGCGGGAAUGUUUACAUGGUUUCGGUCGAAUCCUUUACCAUAUCCGGAUACGUGAUAAACUGGAACAAAGUGAUUCCUGUGUCGUGCAAGAGUCACCCAGGUCCGGUUAUUGAAAUCGAUAGCAAUCCAGUGGAUAACAGCAAGUUGUUGCUGACAUUUGAAGGUGGCGAAUGUGCUUUAUGGGACCUGCGAAGCAAAAGUGUCCAAGAACGAUUCACGCUGCCACAGCCGACCCAACAAAUAACAGGCACUUACUGGCAUCUGGAAGGCAAACAAUUCAUAGCUGGUCACUGGGAUGGUACUACGACGGUAUGGAACUUUAGAAACUCAAAGAAGCCCGAAGAAACAUCUUCCCCACAUGGUGGCAAGCUUGGACAGUCAUCACCAUGCUGUCCCGUAACAAAGAUCAUGUGGUUAGGAGUCAAAGAAGGGGAUCCUUGUGUUGUUGUCUUUUCUGGUGGGCUGGCACUGGGAAAUAGCAGAAAAGGAUUAACGCUCAUGCGAGGCAGAUCGAAAAUGCUGUUGCUGUCUGAUUUCGUCGUUGAUUUUGUCUGUAUGGUAGACACUCCAUGGGAGCAAGAUUAUCAGAAUCCAAGCGUCAUUAUAGCACUACUAAAGAAUGAGAUUGUCAUAUUUGACCUUUCAACGCUGCCUGCACCUAGCCUUCCGUGGUUUGAAAUCCCGUACACGUUCGGUAUUCACGAUUCCCCGGUGACGUGCAUCCAGUAUUACCCAGAAUGCCCUGCUGAUCUAAUUCCAGCUCUUCAUCGAUUUUCGUCUUCCAAGAAGUCCGCACCUGCUGGGUUCAGCAAACAGAAAUGGCCUAUAACCGGAGGAGAGCUUGAAGAGGUAUCAUAUGAGCCGGCGCUUUUGGUGACGGGUCAUGCAGACGGCAGCUGUAAAUUUUGGGAUGUUUCUUCAAAUACAUUAUAUUCUGUAUACCAGUUGAAUGUCAGUGCUUUGUUCGACAACGCCGUAGCUGACAGAUCCAGUAUUGCAAGCAGGGGCUCAAAUGAGCAGCAUUACGAAGAACCCUUUGCAAUACAACACAUUACUCUGUGUACAAGAAGCCGCGUAUUAGCAGUUACCACCCUUUCUAAUGCAGUUAUAGUGUACAGAUUCAGGUCAAAGGAAACCGCGGGGGAAAUCGCUAAAGUAGAUGUAAAUUUUGGCAUCGAGAUGGCCCAUGAAUGCGACGAGGUGCAAACUGAAAGUGCUCCGCCAACGCCAGGUGCAGAGGUCUUAGACUCGUGCACAGAUUCAAUACACUUUCGGAUUACGACACUGCCUCCAUCUGUAAAGUCGAUGGUCCGCAAAUGGUCGCCUGGUUUCCAACCUGAAAUCGUUUGCCAGCAACUUGCUAAUGAUCCGGUGCCUUCUGUCACUUGUAUUGCUAUCAGUUCUGCAUAUGGCUUGAUAUCAUUUGGAAAUGCACUAGGUGUAGCUCUGGUGGAUUAUGUGCAGAAAAAGCUAGUUACAGUGAUGAUGACUUACGAGCUUGGAGAACUUGGUGACGUUACACAAUCACCAUUGGAAUCAGCAAAGUUGGGGAAAUUAAUGUCUCCUGAUGCAGAAGGAAGUGAAAAAUUUGACCCUCCGGACUCAGCUAAAGAGAAAAAGAAGGACAGGUCGUCUCGGUUCUUUGGUAAUCCAAACGAUGCGAAAGAGAACAAAGAUGUAAAGGAACAUCAAAAAGUGGGAAGAAAGGUCUCGAGCAAGUCAAAUGGAAAAGAGAGGGAGAAGGAGAGAGAGAGGGAAAAGGAAAGAGAGAAGGAGAAGGAGAAGGAGAGGGAGAGGGAGAGGGAGAGGGAGAAGGAGAGGGAUAAAGAAAGGGAGAAGUCAAAGGAAAGGGACAAAGAAGAUGGGCUAUUUCAUAAAGAAAUACCAAUGGCAGGCACCGUCACCAGUCUCAUGUUCACAUACACAUAUACAAGAAAAGGAGCUAACAUUAUUGUCCCGUGUUUAUGGAUUGGCUCCAGUACUGGAAGUGUUUCUGUUGUUGCCUUGAGCUUGCCGUCGAACGGAGAGCAACGAUUAACGCAGCCUGUUUUUGCUACAAACACUGGUUUGCAAGUAAAUAUGAAAUCUUCCAUUCUGUCAAUUACCUUUUUGGACAAAAAUGGCUGCUUAUAUCCGACACCCUUCGAGUUUUGGAAAGACAGUGAUGAUUCAAAAACAAACUUAUCGACGCUGCCGACAUUCACAAUUGAAUCUUCCGAGAAGCAUCAUCUCAUUUUAAUCAGCGAAAAAAGAAUAAAGGUGAAAGGACUUCCAUCGUUCAAAACGAUAGCCAAGGUGAAAGAAGCGGAUUCAUCUUUUUUCUUCCUGAGAGCUGCUGUCAUAGAAAUUGAAGGAGCCACUUGCAUUGGUUGUCUUACGUCGAUUGGCAGUUUGCGCAUUUACAGUAUUCUAAGCCUUCGACUGCUCAUGGAUACUGACUGCGGUUUUAAUUGCUCGGAUUACAGAAUUUUUAGAACAUUCAGAUUUGGAAAAGGAGGUGAAGCAAUGUACCUUACUUCGCCAACUGAAAUUCAGAGAGUUGUCUUGACAAAACAAAAACAAAAGGAGUAUAUUGAAGGACUUGGGACUCUUUUCACUGCAGUAUCAACUCCUGAACCUCCCCAAAAAGGGUUUUUCCAAACAAUAUUUUCUAGCACACCUUCUCCCAUUGAUAGAGAGGAACUAUUUGGAGUUAACAAGGCAGGCUCUGCAUCAAAAGGUCUUGCUGAUAAAGUGCCAGGAUCAGGAAUUGAAGGAUUAAAAAAUAAUUCUGAAAGUGUUAUAGGAGCAUUGGCUGGUGCCAGAAUGGCUCUGGAUGAAAGGGGACAAAAACUUGGAGUGCUUGAGGACCGCUCAGCCAUGAUGAAUGAGCGAUCCAAGCAGUUUUCAAGUGCUGCUCAGGAACUUGCUGAUAAAUAUCAGAGAAAAAAAUGGUGGCAAAUGUAAUUAUAAAUGUUGGAGCAGUUUGGAAUUGUAUUUUGCAUCAAGCAGGGAUAUUUCUAGUCAGACUUUCUUAAUGCUUCAAGCCAUUUAAAAUAUACAUAAAUAUUACUUUUUAAAUUUCAUUUAAAACAUUACUGACAUAUUUUUUUAUUGUCAUUAUAAACAUUUGAAAUAUUAUUGAAUUGUCAAUUUAAAUGUGAAAGUAGUAAAGUUAAAAGUUAACAUUGCAAUGGAAUGAUUUUUUUAAGACAAUAUUCACUCACAAUAACACACAAAAAUUUCUUGAAGAGCAACAAGUAUGUUAGAUAUUCCUGAGUAGAUAGCAAGAUUCUACUCCAAUGAAUAUAGUAUGUGUUUGAUGAAUUUGAGAUAAUUGAUUGGGGUGGUUUUAGCAAAUUGUUGUUAAUUCUGUUGUAAAAAAUACCAUUAUACUUUGUUCAGACUGCCAUGAUUUUCAACCAGAAACAGGCAGCAAAUUUAAACCAUACUUAUCAAAAUUCUCCUAUCUUACAUUUAACAGAAACAGUGAUGAUAAAUCAUUAUGAAAGUUAUAAUUUUAACCAGUCUUUAAAACAAAUGACUGAAUGUGUUUGGUUCUGUUUAGAAGAGUGGAGUGAUAUAAUUCAGGGGUAAGGCUAUACUUUUUUGAAUUUUGAUGUAACAUUCUUCAUGUUAUCAUUAACUAUCAAUAAUUUAAAUGUAUCUAACUGAGUACAGAGAGAGUGAGAGCAGGGUUAAAAAAAUGUGUCGAUUCUGUAAGAGUAAUGGUAAUUUGUUUUCGGUUGUUAAAGCUGAAAAUAGCAAUACAUUGAGAUCUUCAGAUAUUUUAAAACAGAAUUGUCUUUGUUGGGCACCACUAAAAUUUCCUUUGGAAGUACAAUUUUUGAUAAAAAUAAACCAUGCAUUCCAUUUUCCAUUUUUUCCUGAUACUUUUGUCACCCUUUCCAUUUUUAUCCUCCCUCCUCUUUAGACCAUAUCAUCUUUUGAUCAUUUUUUGGACUCUGGUUCAGUAGCUGACAUAAUGAGUGGAAUUCCUUUAAAACCUUUUUUCAUGGCUAUUCCUUAGAGUAAUAGAAAGAAAACCAAAUUUUAAAAUCAUUAGAUGCAUGCUCUUGUACUGUUAGAUGGUCAGAUAUAAGACUCUACUAUAUUGGGCUUUUGCAUGCUUUGGAUAACUAGUUUAAGGUAAUAAACCUAAGCACCACAAAACUUUAUUACUCGGGUAUAUUUCGAACCUUGGUUUAGAGUUUGCACUAAGUAAGAAGCCAAAGGGGUGAAUAUAUAUCUUCUAUUUGUUAUUUGCACACAGACACUCAUCACCAAAUCUCAGUUUUUGCUUUAUAAAAUGAUAAAUUAUUGGGGGUGUCAAGAUAUCUUUGCUCCUUUAGUCAAAUUAAAGGCUGUCAAAUUUAUACUAAGUAACUUCGGAUUUAUUUCAUUUAUAAAUGUAAUAGUCAAAGUGGUGUAUUACACAAUUAUACAGUAACUGGUAGCAAUUGCUUUUAUCUCCAGCUCAAUAUGCUGUAUUUAACAUCAAUUACUUUGUGGUAGUUUAGUUUUGAUUAAUGAAGUUCUGUAUUCAAACACUUUGAGCUAUUAGAUGAAAUACCAAUGUUUCAAAUUGCU